AUGAAUACGGAGGACUGGCAAAGUUUGCGACUAAAAUACGGUGGGUCCAGUAUACAAUUACGUAUCUGCGGCAACGAUCGUCGGCGGCGUCUUAGAGCUUCCGCCGCGACAAAUCACCUCACUUACCUGGACAACUCUCACCUCCUCUACUUCGCGUCCUGCCAUACAGCAGGGCUGUGGGUAGUCAUGCGAUGGCCGCCAUGGAGAACCGAGUCAAGCAAUGACGAUAAACAACACUCGGAGCGCACCUCCAACUCCUCAUCGUACCCCACACCCGCAACAAACAACUCCGACUCCAACCUGGAUUGGACCGCCUUCACAGAGUCCAGGACACUCAUAUCGACCGUACUCUUGACAAGCGGUAUUUUGCUAGCGGUACGCUUUCACCGCAGCUACUUACGCCGUAUUCCCGACGCGCCUAGCAUCUCGCCCUCGUUUCUGCGGCGCCGGACCAUCUUCGGCAAAGUAACCAGUGUUGGCGAUGGCGAUAAUUUCCGGAUAUUUCACACCCCGGGUGGCCGACUUGCAGGAUGGGGCUGGCUGCCAUGGAAGAAAAUCCCUACUACCAAGAAAGAGCUGAAAGAUAAUACUAUUCACAUCCGUUUAGCAGGCAUAGAUGCCCCCGAACUCGCACAUUUCGGUCGACCUGAGCAACCAUUUGCUCGCGAAGCCCACCAGUGGCUCACCUCCUAUCUUCAAAACCGUCGAGUUCGGGCGUCCGUCUACCGCCAGGAUCAGUACAGUCGCGUCGUGGCCAGCGUAUCCGUCAGGCGCGCCUUUGAUUUUCCCCCAUUCCGCCGGAGAGAUGUAUCAUAUGAAAUGUUGAAGCGCGGCCUGGCCACGAUAUACGAAGCCAAGGUAGGCGCCGAGUUUGGAGGCGAUAGGUUGGAGCAGAAGUACCGCCGUGCGGAGUGGUGGGCGAAAGCACGGUCCAAGGGUCUCUGGAAGGAUUAUGGCCGCAUUGGGUCUAAUUGGGAAAGUCCGAGGGAGUAUAAGAAUAGGAUGGGAAUGGGUGAGCCCUCUGAUAACGGCGGCAAAUCUAAAUCAUAG